GUGUGUGAAUGUGCAUAUAUACAUACACGCGGAAUACAGCUAAACCUGAGUGAGGAUAAUUCGAAAAUUUCUCGCUCUUCUUUCAUUUUUCCUCGAUUUUUCUUUUUUCUCUGAACGAGUGAAGAGUGGAGGUGAGAGACAAUGGAGAUUUUCUACUAUAUGGUGUUCGGCGGCCUAACCGCGGUGGUGGCUGCGCUUGAGCUCAGCAAAAGUAACAAGGAUCGGGUUAAUACGUCUUCAGCUUUCAAUUCGUUCAAAAACAAUUACCUGCUCGUCUACUCGCUCAUGAUGGCUGGUGACUGGCUGCAGGGUCCAUAUGUUUACUACCUCUACAGUACAUAUGGUUUCGGGAAGGGUGAGAUUGGCCAACUCUUUAUUGCUGGAUUUGGCUCUUCCAUGGUGUUUGGAACCAUUGUUGGAUCUCUAGCAGAUAAACAGGGGCGAAAGAGAGCUUGUGUGACUUACUGUAUCACGUAUAUACUGAGCUGCAUUACCAAGCAUUCUCCUCAGUACAGAGUUCUGAUGGUUGGACGCAUUUUGGGUGGUAUUGCCACAUCUCUCUUGUUUUCUUCAUUUGAGUCAUGGCUUGUGGCAGAGCACUUCAAGAGAGGAUUUGAACAGCAAUGGCUCUCAGUAACUUUCUCCAAGGCAAUAUUCCUUGGCAAUGGUCUUGUUGCUAUUGUAGCAGGCUUGUUCGGAAAUUUGCUAGUUGAUUCUUUUAGUUUGGGGCCCGUAUCUCCUUUUGAUGCUGCUGCCAUAUUUCUUGCUAUUGGAAUGACUGUGAUAUUAUCAACAUGGAGUGAGAACUAUGGUGACCCUUCAGAGAGCAAAGACUUGCUCUCUCAAUUUAAGGGUGCAGCCGUAGCAAUUGCUUCAGAUGAAAAGAUAGCACUGCUUGGUGCAAUUCAAUCUCUGUUUGAAGGUUCGAUGUAUACAUUUGUAUUCCUCUGGACACCUGCCCUGAGCCCAAACGAUGAAGAUAUUCCCCAUGGUUUUAUCUUUGCUACAUUCAUGUUGGCUUCAAUGUUGGGAAGCUCGAUUGCAUCUCGCUUGUUGGCCCGCAACACAGUUAGAGUGGAGAGCUAUAUGCAGAUUGUAUUCAUCGUUUCAUCUGCUGCUCUAAUGCUUCCCAUAUUGACAAAUUUCUUAAUACCAGCAGCUCCAGAGAAGAAAGGCGGCAGCAUUUCAUUUUCUGGCUGUAUCCAACUUCUUGGCUUUUGCACUUUUGAAAGUUGUGUCGGGCUUUUCUGGCCAUCCAUUAUGAAGAUGAGAUCACAGUACAUACCUGAGGAGGCUCGAAGCACUAUCAUGAACUUCUUCCGAAUCCCACUCAAUAUCUUUGUUUGCAUUGUUCUAUACAACGUCAAUGCAUUCCCUAUCACAGUUAUGUUCGGUAUGUGCUCCAUCUUCCUCUUUGUGGCCUCCAUCUUGCAGCGACGACUUGCAGCAAUUGGAGAGAAGCCAAAGACUGAAGAUUGGGCUAUGAUGAAGGAGAGAAACAGUGAGGUUGAGCCACUAAACGAUGCUUGAUUGAUUUAGUUUGAAUCUGGGAUGAAGGAUGAUCAACUAUUUUCUGCCAUAAAUUGCAGACAGUAAGUAGUUUGUAGUCGAGCAUGGAGUAUUAUUUAAAUUAUUUGCACUAUCAGAAAAGCUGCAUAAAAAGAUGGUUGUGAGAAGAGGGGAGAGAGAGUCAUUUUUCUCUAACAGAAAUGUGCAAAUUUACACCAUACUACAAAUUUUGGAUUGUAAGGCUAGUCGAAUACUUCCCAUAAUUUCCAGUUCUACAAAUUUCAAGUAUCCACAUUGCCCAGUUUUGUAUCAGCCAUUUGCUGUUACUGUAAUACAAUAGCUUUGUCAAGCAAAUUUAAUUUGCUUUUGCCAA